UGGCCAAACAGAAUCAACCCUGGGUGCCGAGUAGGAACAGUUCCGUCUGCAGCGUCUGCUGAGAGGAAGAACACAAAAAGAUGGGGAAGAAGGAUGCCACAGUAUCCAGGUUACCCGUUGACCAGUACCGGAAAGAAAUCGGAAAACAAGAUUACAAGAAGACCAAGCCCGCUCUGCGCGCGGCCCGACUCAAAGCUGAAGCAAAGCGAAAUGCUCCGGGAAUUCGGGACACCAUCCUCGUCAUCGUGGCCGUUCUUGUGCUCCUCCUCAGUGUUUAUGCUUUUUUCUACCUCAACCUGAGCACGGAGAUGGACCUGGAUGUCGAUGUGGACUAGAGAAGCCCAGCUCCUCUCUGAGAACCAUACAGACUGAGCUGAGGUCUCACGCCAUCAUCUGCUGUCAUUAGCUACCCAACCACUCGUACCACCGCCCCCGGACCGGAUCCCAUAAUUCCUGUGCUCAGCUGCGAGAUCAUCACGAACCCUGCAUGCCGAUGAAGAACUCGGUAGAUUGUGGAUGACCUGAACCUUUCCUCUCUUGAUCUGUGACCUUUAAUACAUUACCUUGUUGGGUGCAUGGCCAUUUAAAGAUGAUCUGUAAUUAUUCUCAUUGUUAUAUGCUCUUCUGAGUAAUUUCUGACAUUCUUUUUUAUAUGAAGUACUUCCUUUUUUUAUUCAGUAAUUCAUUGUAAGGUUUUUCUUUUCCCCCACUGGAAAAAUAAAAGCACACAGCUUACGCUUUAAGCGUACUGAAGCCGCUGGAAUCAGCCGCGAGAGUGCAGUGGUAAAGAGUCAAUCCCAUCAAGGAUGCUUUGACCUUUCCCCUGACUGGCUUCUGGAAGGAUCCCUAGCAGACUCCUAUUCUGCACCACACACGAGCUUUGAUGAGAAAACUCUUCUUCUUUUUUCCCUGACAGGUAUAAAUAUGUAAAUCUUUCUCCAGCCCAGCAAUCAGCCUCUCUGCAUUCCUCAGCACAAACCUCUGCUUACAGUUUCAGCAAUGGCAGCGGCAAAGAUUAGAGGUGCGAUGUUGCUCCUGAUUGAGAGUGUGUCCGGAAUACCAAACUGCACAUAUUUCAUCAGUCUCAGGACAAGUUGCCAUAACAAGUACAAUCAGAAACCACACUUCCUUUCUUGU